ACCCCGUGGAGCCCAGCGGCGCGCUGAGGCUACAAGUGCCACGGCUGGUAAUCGGGGGACUUUCCCGAGGAGCGGCGCAGGAACAAGCGCGGUGCUCGAGCCGCACGUGGUGGUCAAGGCAGGGGAAACUUGCCUUCUUAUUUGAGGGAUCCUGUCACAGAAAUGUGCGAGUCCUUGGAUAAAUUUGGCUUGAUGACGGCAAUGCUUCCUUCAGAGACACUGCUACUUCCUCUGUGCUCCUUUUCUGCCCUGACCUAAGUUCCUCAGUGUCAGUCCCUCUGCUAAGUCAGAGGAUUUGCCCAUUUCACACUUUCCUGCCACUAGGUCUCCUCUCAUUUCUUGUACCCCUUUUAGGAGGAACUGGGGCUGGAAGUGUAACAACUGUGGCUGAACAGGAGAUGGGGACCCCAGGAGCGAUACUCCUGGUGGUGCAGCCUUAGGUCCCAUUGGGUUCUUACCUGUGUGGUUUUUGGCAGAAUUUUCAGAAGCUGAUGGGGGAUGUCUGACUAGCUCCGAUGGAGCUCCACUACCUUGAGAAGAGGAGCAGCCAGGCAGUCCUGUGUGAUGCUGUGGACUGGCAUUCAGGAGGGCUUCCUGGUGACCAGGCAGAUGCGGCAGCCACCAAAGCUGCUCUCUGCUGCCAGAGACACUGUAUGUCGAUGCCAAGAGCAGCUGAGAUGGAAGGGUCCAAACUUAGCCCUUCUCCAGCAUCCCCCUCCUUCUCUCUGCAAGACACUGUCAUUCAGACAGACUCCUUGCCACCAGGGCCUCUCAACUCAGGGAACAACCAAAUACUGGCAGGACGGAAAGUCUGCAACUGCUGCAGCCAGGAAUUAGAAACUUCUUUUACCUGUGUGGAUGAGAAUGUCAACUUAGAGCAAAGGAACCAGUGCUCCCCUCUAACAAAAGGGAGCAAUCAUCUGGGAGACCUUGGCUGGGGAAAUCCAAAUGAGUGGUCUCAUGAGGCUGCCAUAUCCUUGAUAUCUGAAGAUGAAGAUGAUGUAAGUUCGGAAGCCACAUCUUCAGGGAAGUCAGUAGACUAUGGGUUCAUCAGUGCCAUCUUGUUCUUGGUCACUGGCAUCUUGCUGGUGAUCAUCUCCUACAUUGUCCCACGAGAAGUGACUGUGGAUCCCAACACCGUGGCGGCCCGGGAGAUGGAACGCUUGGAGAGGGAGAGCGCAAGGUUGGGGGCUCACCUGGACCGCUGUGUGAUUGCAGGACUCUGCCUGCUCACACUUGGGGGGGUCGUUUUGUCCUGUUUGCUAAUGAUGUCUAUGUGGAAAGGGGAGCUAUAUCGUCGCAACAGGUUUGCCUCUUCCAAAGAGUCUGCAAAACUCUAUGGUUCUUUCAACUUCAGGGUGAAGACCUGCCCUAAUGAAAAUACCCUGGAACUGUCCUUGGUAGAGGAAGAUGCUCUUGAUGGACAGAGUUAAUUCUGGUUGUGAGCCUACUGAGAGUCUGCAUUAGCAUUUUAUAUGAAAACAAACAAACAACCCACAUUUCUUAAAAUUAACAGUGCAGUUUAUUUGCUUGGCAAGAAAGGCUUAUUUCCCAAACCAACAGCCAGUGAGUGUUUUUAUUCUAGAUGUAUUUUUUAUUUAGAAGAAAAGCUAUGUAAGAUGCAUUAAGAAAUUACAACCAGCUACAUCUGUCCUUCUAAAGAACUGAGAUUAAUUCAUCUAUAAUGGCCAUCAGCUUCUACUUCACUUCUAUAGCAAAAUAUUUCUAACAACCAAUGUACAAAUGAUUUCUUUUACAUGGUAUGGGGAAUUAUUCUUUGGACAUUAGUAGGUCCUACACACAGUAGGAUCAAUUAGGUACAUAUCUUGUGAAAAAGAACUUAAGCACUAAUCACAUAUUAAAGCUUACAUUUAAUUCUCAAAGGUGCUUAUCCAUUCUCUUGCUAAAUUUUUUCUUCUUCUGAUUUGGCUGAACACUAAAAUAUAGGGUUUUGAAUUUGAAUAUUUUGAAGCUUGAGGAUGUUGAUUAUUUAAAAAAAUGCAAAAACACAUCUGUUAUAUUUAAAAUUAUUCCUGUGCUCAGAAGUGGUAACUAAGUCAUUAGCAUAAACUUUCUAGUAAAAGAAAAAUAAUAUAAAUCAUUAUAAGACCAAUCUGAAUUUAACCCAGAAUGGUAGUGCCAGAUAUUAGCCAGUGUUGCAUGCCCAUUCUCUAGAUGAAGUAAAAUUAGUUGCUUAUAUAAAUUUCAUUUUCCAUUUGUGCUUUAGCCAUCAGACUGGCUACCUCGGCUCUAGAAGUCUUUCCUGGUUCUCACACCAGAGAGGCAAAGCAUAAGACAUUUUUAAUAUAUUUCCAGACAUAUAAACCUCUAGGCAGGUCUAAGUCAUGACUGGCUCAGACACACACCCAGGUGAUGUUUUGUUGUUUGGAGAAAUACAAUUGCAAUAGAAUUGCAGCUAGACUCUUAGAGACUAUGCCUAGAAGUUGGUUUCACUUCUCUAGGCCAAACAACAAGCCAUUGCCCCAGUAUGGCAGCAGUCCUUAAGCCCAUAGCCAAAAAAUUAGAAGAGUGACAGAGAGAAAGAGUAAACGCAGUGAUUCAGUGGGAACUGUGCCCUCACCAAAACUUACCUCCCCCUAACAGUGGUCUAAGUAUCAUUCUUUUUUUAAAAAAAUUCUUAAAAAUUUUAAAAGGUUUUAUUUAUUUAUUGGGAGGGGGGGCUCCAUCCCAGGACCUUGAGAUCAUGACCUGAGCCGAAGGCAGAUGCUUAACCAACUGAGCCACCCAGGCGCCCCAUAAGUAUCAUUCUGAGUUCCUCAUCCAUGCCCUCAGUAACUGUGAAAUCUUGCCUCAUGACAUUCAAACUUGCUUGAUGAGAGGCAUAAUGAGCAAAGUGGUCACAGCUUUGCAAAACACAGACCCAGAGUCUAUACUAACACCCUGUAUCUGUACGGUUAUGGUUCAGAAAGGGGUAGGAAAUGCAGCCUCAGAAAUAGCUUGCAUUUUGCAAUUAAUCUUUGAGGUAUUUCCAUCCUCCCAUGGUAAGAGUUGUUUUAACUUCCAUCAGUGGGGUCUUUCUUAAAAGAGGACUGGAACUUGGAAUUUGGGGUGGAAGGGCAGAGAUGGGGAAGUGAGAACAAAUUUCUUUAUAGAUUCUAAAGCCUAAUUCCAAUGCCUGAAGUUUUUGUAGUUUUUGAGGAUUGUGGAAAAUGUGGAUGACUUUGGCUGGCAGAGUGUGUGAGUGAGGAUAUUUAUGUGAAUGAGUUCUUGUGGCUGUCAGAGUUACAUCUGAUGAGUUAGGUACACUGUGUUACUAAGGGUUAAGAUGAAAUGCAAAAAAGGUAGGAUCAGAGGAUAGUAAAAAUAGAGAGGGCAGGCAUAUGAAAGAGUUAUUAGGUAAAAAUGAGAGAUUAUAUGGACAUCAGAGGAAGCUAGAUAUAGCUCAAUUUGGAAAUAAUUGGGAGAAUAUAAAGGUGAUUUUUGUUAUCUGUUGCUAGUUCUUUUUGCUUUUUGAACAAAGUUUUUGUUUUACUGUGACUCUCCUGUCAUGGUUUGUGUUGAAGCUGACUUACCAGCAGUAUAAAUUUCAUUUUCUGAAGGUUUAUGAAUUGUCAGAUUCUAGCCUCCUUAGGGACCCACUUUACAUGAAGUUGAGGCAAUAAGUUAGUGAUAUCCUUGGCUGGGCGAGUAGGUCUGAGCUGUGUGUCUUUUUUUUUUUUUUUUUUAAGAUUUUAUUCACUUGACGGAGAGAGAGAGAGAGCACAAGUGGGGGGAGUAGCAGGCAGAGGGAGAGGGAGAAGCAGGCUCCCUGCAAGAGCUGGGGAGUCCGAUGUGGGACUCGAUCCCAGGACCCCAGGAUCAUGACCUGAGCCGAAGGCAGUCGCCUAACCAACUGAGCCAUUCAAGCGCCCGAGUUGUGUGUCUUUUUAAAAAAUACAUUAAAAAAAAAAUUCACGCUUGUUCUUAGAAGCUAAGUGGGAUCAGCUGAGUUUUGUUUUAUUUAUUGGUGAAACAUGAUUAAUUAGCUAAAUUGCAGACUAAACUAAAUUAAUGUGCAGCCUGAUUUUCGGUUCAUGAAGGAAGACAAAUUUGAGAAUCAAAUGUUAGGAAGUUUUUCAAUUCUGUAAAACUGGAUAAAGGAGAAAAAAACCAAAGCUUUUCAUUGGGAAACAUUUAAUGAAUCUUACAGCACUACCAAAUUACAUAUAGUUCUGAUGUAAUCUAAAGGAUCUCUCUCUCUCUCUCUCUCUCUAUAUAUAUAUAUAUAUAUACACACACACAUAGAUAUAUAGAUAGGGAUACAUAUAUAGAUAUCCCAUUAUAUCUAUAUAUGUAUCUGUAUAUAUAUCUAUAUAUAUACAUAUAGAUAUCGAUAGGGAUGCCAGAUAGGGAUACAUAUAUAUACUAUCCAUUAUAUCUAUCUAUGUAUCCCAAUUAAGAAAAGAUAUGCAUGAGGAAAGACCUAACAAGUCAAAAUAUAUUUCUUCCUUUCCUUCCUUAAAAUUUUAAAAUUGAAAUAUUGUAAUUAAUGCUUACUUAUUUAAAUCUGUUCAUAUACAGGACACAUCUAUUCAUAUAUAGGACACAUCUCUUUUUAAGGUUCUACUUAUGUGGUGGCAGACCAUUACUCCAAGAAGAACCAAUUCAGAAAAUCAUCUGGGUGUCUCCUGUAGUGCUGUGUUGACCCAGUUCAGCUAACUGCCUUAAUCAGCUUUCUUCCAGUAUUCAGGUGUGUAGCUCUAGUCCAUCCUAUCAGUGCCUGAAUUCAAGAUGAGGAUUACUUGAAUUUAAAGUCACGGCAACAAAAAACCCUGAACUUUAGACUCUAUUGUUUCCAACCUGAUAAAGAGGUUUUUGUCUCUAAAUGUCUUUAUUUAGAAGUACUUAGGCAAGAUCAGGUGAUAAAUGUUAUAGACAUUGAACCGAUGAUAGCUGUGGUGUUGCUGGUCUUGGAUCCUUCAUGGAGAUUAUGACCUUACAUCUAUCUCUUGAACAUGGUGCUGGUUGUUGUUUAUGAGAGUUUUUAUUGCUAGACCUGGAACAACAACUUUUUUCAGAGGUCCAUGUUAAUUAACUUUUUAUCAGGUUUCAAAAAACUAAACUGAGUCACUUUCCUAAUCUUAAAAGAAAGUAGCUCAUUGUUCAGCAGUGUGGUCCAGAGGGAUGAGUACCAGAAAGAAAGCUGACUUUCUCCAUACUACUGGGACCUACGUGCUGUUUAUGGACAGUUUAAUCCUCCUAAUGACUUCAAUAAACUGUUCCUUCUUAGAGCACCUUAAACUGUUUGUGAUAGAGCUGUGCAAAGCUGAGGGUCCUUUCUAGCCAUUUAGAGCUCCUGAAGCAGGCCACCUACUGACUCCCUCGUAGGAAGAAUGUCUUUUCUCUAGGCUCCCCAUUUAAUAACUGAUUUAUAGUUUAGAGGAGUACAGGACUGCUUGGAACCAUGGAAUUCUUGGUGGCUCUGGUGCUUUUAUCCAUAUGACUACUAUGCCCCUUGGUUCUAUACUUACUAGAGACUUGCCUGAUAUCAGAAUCACAUGCUUUGCUGUCUGCUUAAUAAUAUAUCUGAGUCCAUCCCUCUCAUACUUACUUGUUUCGGGGACCCAAUUGGACCAAUGCUGGCACAUGUCCUUUGGGGUGCAAAUGUAGACAAAGAGACUGCCCUACUAAUUGUGCCUUCCCUUUGCCCCCCAGUGUAAGGAUAGUGAUCGAGUGAGCACUAUGCCAGUUGAAUAUCAGGAAUUAGGGUCUGAACCCAAGUGGCUCUACUCUUUGUUACUUCUUUGACUGGCAGAACUUCUAGGCAAGAGCAUUUGAACAUUUCAGCCUUCAUCUUUAAUAUGUGCAAUGACAGGCAUAUGCAAAAACCUUACCUGGAUUAAUCAUCUAAAGUUAAAGAAAAAAAUGUUCUAUAUAUUUAUUAGGAGCAGGUUUUUCAAUCUGAAGGUCAGAUUCCAUUGCAGCAAUUACUGCUACCACAAAAAUGUGGUCUGACAAAAGAGAUUCACAACCUUCACCAGUGGUUCACCUAUUCAGCAAGAUUUAAUACCACCAGCUAGGUUCCACUGUGACAAAUGAAUAAGACAGAUCCUUAUAGUUCUCUGUCAUGGGAUUUGACCUUUCCCAGAAUUGGGCAUAAAGAAUGAUUUCAAUGAAAAGAAUUAUAAUGAACUCUCACUGGCUUUUCCCAGUAUAAAGGGUUCAUAAGAAAGAGAAUUAACAUGUCGUUAUCUUUCAGCUGAUUUUCAGCUAUAUCAUUUUAUGGUUCAUAGUAUUCUAGAAUAUUCUCUCCUUCCAACUUUUAUGGGCAGAAGCCUUGGGAAAUAAUUUGCCUGAUUUGGGCACUGACACUGUAAAAAGUAAGAUGUUAUUUUAAAUAUGUAAAAUUGAUUUCAAAAAUCUGUGGCUUAUACUUAAGAGUAUACCUGUGGUUUACAUUUGUUAGUGUGUAAGUUUAUGUCCACUCAAGUCUGUGUAUGUAUUAGGAGAAUGUUUUAUAAUUAUAGAACUGUAGUAUCCAAAGCUAUUGUUAGAAUAAUUUUUCUUAUAGGAAAUUUGGCAUGCCUUAAUGUUGACUUUAAGGACAAGAGAAGUCUUUCACAGGUCAUGAAUGAAGAAUUUAGAAUCAACCUCAGAAUGAGAUGCCAUAAUUACAUAGGUCUCUUUUGGCUGUUCAGCAUCUCACAGAUGUUUGAUUUAUUUUUUUAACCACGCAAUUUCAGGCACAUAAGAGUGUGGCCUAUUUAGAAAUUAUUUUACCAUGAAUUAUUAUUUUAUUUCAAGGAAAUAUGGGCAGCAGACAGGACAGUGUUUUCCUUUGCUCCAAGUUUUAGUAAUUCUCCUGUGUUUCGGGAAGAAACAGCCUUAUUUUCCCACUGCCAUCUUCAUGCUUCCUAGCCAAAGCAUGUUAUACAUGAACACGAACAAAUGUUAUACAAGAAAGCAAAGAUGGAUUAUUACUAUAUAGUAUAUUGAGAGUUUCUAUUUUGCGGUUCUCAUCGUGCUUUUUAUUUUUCUUGCCAAAUAAGAAAAAUAAUUUGAUGUUGGUUAUAUGUUUUAAUAUGCAAAAAAGGGCAGUUAUUAAGGUUAUGGGCUUUUUCUUAGGGCAUGUGAUGUCUUAUAUGUUAAUAGCAAGUGUGUCAUAUCAUUUUAAAAUAAAACUAUUUAUUAAGAUGUUUCAUUGUGUUUGUUUU